GCGAAUUGUGCCUCGUGGGCAACACUGCCGGUUGGCUAAAAUACCGAAAAUUUGCUGCUGGCAACACCCUUUUUACUGAAGUGUCGCCUGGCGUGAACACGCGGAUUUUACAUCAGGGAAUUUUCAAUUCGCUUUUAAGCUAAAACAAAAUGACGAAGAAGCGCCGCAAUGGAGGACGCAACAAGCACAACCGCGGCCAUGUGAAGCCCGUGCGUUGCACAAACUGUGCACGUUGCGUGCCAAAAGACAAGGCGAUUAAGAAGUUCGUCAUCCGCAACAUUGUGGAGGCCGCCGCUGUGCGUGAUAUCUCCGAGGCCAGCAUCUGGGACACUUAUGUGCUGCCCAAGCUCUAUGCCAAGCUCCACUACUGCGUCUCCUGCGCCAUCCACUCCAAGGUGGUGCGCAAUCGUUCGCGCGAAGCUCGUCGCAUCCGCACGCCGCCAGUGCGCUCCUUCCCCAAGGACAUGGCGCGCAACAACCAGAAUAGAAAGUAGAAAGGCGUUUGCUUAUUUGUAAUUCACUAAAACGAAAAAAAUACAAAACCACAUACCCAACUUUUUGGAUAUUUGUACGCAAGUGGAGGCACCUGCGGUGCUCAGCCUCGGCCAAUGGCCAACUUGAUGGAAAGAAAAUAUAAGCAUUCAGUUUUUUAAACAUUCAAACCAGA